AUGGUCACAGUUACCAACAGAGCCAUCACUUUCGUCAACAGUAAGAGCGUGCCCUCAAUUUCGUCGCAUGAAAUAGACCUCGAUGCAUGCUACAAAGGAAAUGAAAUCGUAGUUAAGGUCCAUGCUGCGGCUUUGAAUCCCAUCGAUCUUAUGGUGUACCAUGCGGCAUACCCCUGGCUUGCUGGGAAACACGAAAAAACAUUUUCUAGAGACUACAGCGGGGAAGUGGUCAAGGUGGGCUCAAGAGUCAAGGGUUUUGAAGUGGGUGAUAAAAUAGUCGGGCUUUUCCAACAUCUUUGGGGCGCCCAGGGCACUCUCAGCAACUACUUGGUGCUAGAUCCAACCGUGCAGUGUGCCGUGACAAAAGUCCAGGCUUUUGAAGACCCACAAUACAGCGAUUACGUGCUGAAUGCAGCAUAUCCUCUCGUAUUUGGCACAGCGUACCAGGCUCUAACAGGAAACGGACAGAAAUUGGGACCAGACUCCCGGAUCCUGGUCAUUGGUGCUUCGACUUCUGUUUCCAGCGCCCUGGUCCAAAUCGCCAAGAACCAUUUGAAAGUGGGCACGGUGGUCGGUACUUGCUCCAAAAAAUCGUUCGAUUACAAUAAGGCUUUUGGAUUCGACCAUUUGGUGGCGUACGACGAGGGUGACCAGAUGCAAGAGAUUCAGAAACUAGUGAAAACUGAUUUUGGCAAUCAAAAAUUUGACCUCAUUUUCGAUUCCGUGGGCAGCAGCGACUUUUUCGCCAAUAUUACAGAGAUUCUGAAGGACAAGCACGAAAACUCGCACUAUAGCAGCGUUGCGGGUGACACUAUCCUGGACUACAGUAAUAUUUCACUGACUUCGCUUUUGCCCAGCUGGGAAUCGCUCAGGAGAUGGGGGCCAUUCCGCAAAUACAACUACAAAUAUGUGCUCCUGCGGAAGGACCCUCAUGCCAUGGCUACAGCAGCUCAGAUGAUUGCCGAUAAGAAGUACAGGCCACCAAUUGAUUCCGUUCAUAAGUUUGAUGACUUUGCUGACGCUUUCAAGAGACUUUCUUCGCACAGGGCCAAGGGUAAGGUCGUCAUUGAAGUGAGCUGA